AGCGCUUGUAGUUUUUGUUACUUUAUAGCACUACUGUAACGUGCAGCAGUUCCUGUGAAACGUGUUUUUAGCCUCUACAGGGCCAGAAUAACAUGCAUGUGGAAGCUGCAGGACAAAUAACAUCUGCUUAAACAUGGAGCCUUCAGCAGCAGCAGGAUGCAACGGAAAGAAAAGAAAGAACACCGCCCCCACAGCACACGAGGAAGCCAAGAGAUUAAAAAUUGGUCAGGAAAGUGAGGAGACGCCGGAGUAUGGACAUUCCUCCCGCUCACCGCAGAUCUCUGUGCUGCUCGACCGCCUUCAACAACCAAUUACACCGAAUGAGCUGACAGAGCUGCUGCAUUAUGCCGCUCUGGGGAAAACAGGUGGCAUUAAACAGCCCAGUUGGUGUCGCCUCCACCAUCAGAGGAAGAUUAAAGCUGUGAAUGUGGUGAUCGUGGAGGGCCUGACCCAGAGUCACUUUUACAAGCACUACCUCAGCUUGCGACACCUCAGGACCAACUACACCACUAGGGUGACUUUUACUCCAUCACCUACCGACCUGGUGUCAGGAAUCUUCAGCAGUGAAGUUCCUAAAUCGGAUGGUACAUCUUUUUCUCAAAGACAGAAUGAGAGCAGUAAAUUGGACAAAGCACUGUGGUGUCACCCAGUAAUCACCAAGUUUGGGACACAGAAGAGAGGACUGACUGCAUAUGUUCUCACUGAGGAGGAGAUGAUCAAGAGACACUACCCACUCAAAGGAAUGCCAGGCUUUGAGGAGUUUGUGUGCACAGACAGUGUUGACAGCGUGACUGACAGCAGCCCUCUGUAUGGGCUUGACUGUGAAAUGUGUCUAACAGAAAAGGGAAAUGAGUUGGCUCGUGUCUCUCUGGUGGACAGUGAUGGAAACUGUGUGCUGGAUGAGCUGGUGAAACCUCAAAACCGAAUCCUCAACUACCUCACCAGGUUCUCUGGUAUUACCGCAGCGAUGUUGCAACCAGUCAAAACCACCCUGCGAGAUGUCCAAGUAAAGCUCAGGACGUUGUUGCCGAGCGAUGCAGUUUUGGUGGGGCAUUCACUCAACAACGACCUCAUGGCUCUGAAACUGAUCCACCAGCAUGUAAUCGACACUUCGCUGCUGUACAGGAGAGAGUUUGGGCAGAGGUUUAAGCUGAAGGUCCUGGCUGAGACAGUGCUGAAGAGGCAAAUACAAACUGAAGAGAAGAGGGGUCAUAAUCCCAUUGAGGAUGCCGUGGCAGCCCUGGAACUGGCUGAGUACUUUAUUAAAACAGGACCACGUCAGGUUGUAGAACUUCAUCUGGAGGAGCUGUGGGGAUAUACAAUCGUGGAGGAGUCCACUGACUGUGCACCUGCACCCACACCAAGUCUCAGGUUUUCUGACAUCCUGCAGACACUCGGCCGGUCAGUAGCCUUUAUGGGAAAGCGUUCUGACAUCACCCUGGAUCCUUCCAAUCAGCUGUGGCACAGCUCUGACAAAGAGGUGCUGGCCUCUUUCAGGAGACAGACCAAGUGUCCGUUCCUCUCAGUGCUCCAGUUCUCUUCCCUCUCUGACCAUCUCAAGAAGUGCGUCCCUUAUCAGGAGCACCAGCACCAGAGGGUGUGUGCAAACCUUCGAGAUAUGUGUGUGGUGUUUGCCGGGCCCUUCCCUGCAGGAUUCUUGGAGAGAGAAGUGAGGCGGCUGUUUUGUUGCUGUGGACCGGUUCAGAAAAUCAAAAUGUUGCAAACCGCAGUCAGGGUUCAUGCAGAGGUAGAGUUUGAGCUGCUGGAGGGAGCUAUGCUGGCUUUAAAAACUUUGAAUGGACUUAAUGUGCAGGGACAGUCAAUCAAGGUCCAGAGACCUGUCUACGAGUCAAUGCUAGACUUAGAUCUGACUCUUGAUGCUUUGAUGGUUGACAGUCUCAAUGCCAGUCACCUCUACGCUGUGAAAUUAAAAUCCAGUAUGGUUGAGGGCAUACACACUCCUGUAAGGGUCAAUGGACACACGUCAGAAGCCAAAUGUUUGGACAUUACAUUGGAUAAAACAGCUAACAGGUUGCCCCCAGCAAAAGUAAACGGUCAACAGUUGCAGCCUGCAACCAUCACAAAGUCUAAACUGUCUGAGGAGAUGGUCAGAGAGACAUUUGGUCACUUUGGUUCGGUGGAGAGAGUCGUCCUGCCUGCCAAACACGGAAAACAUGCAAGACAUGGAUACAUAAAGUUUGAGAGCUCAGAGGGUAAACAUGCGGCCCUCAGCUCCUCCGAGGAUCUUCGUAAGGAAAACUACCUCAUCUGUCCAUCCCUAACUCCACCCCACUUACCCUCGUGGGUUGCCAUGACAACACCAAUCACCAUGGAAGAUCCUGACAUGGAAGCAGCAGAAGACGAGGAGAGGACCCACAUGCACAACAGGUCUCAGGACCAGGAAAUGGAUAACAUGAUGGGGAAGCUGGACCGCCGCCUGCGGAAGCUCUUUAGAUCUCUCCCAGAAGGCACCUUGUCUGUGGUCGUGCUGCGCGGACACACCAGUGCUCAUGGCCAGCUUCCUGGUUUGUGCCUUAUGGAGGUCAAGCAAGGGUCAUGAGGAGAAAAGAGACCCCGUCCGCUGUGGGAGUGAGCGCUGCGUAGUUUGACUAUUUGACCGCAGUUCACAGGCAGUAUUUAACAUGACUGACAGCUGUGUUGGAGACUCCUCGGCUCUGAUUGGACUCUGGAUCAGACAGUUUUAUGUAAAACUGUGUGGAUGUUGAGUUUCAGCAAAUUAAAAAAAUAUAUUUUUAUAAAAGUUA